AUAUAAGGCUUAACAUUUAACAUCGACUCAACAAGCAGAUUUUCUACAGAAGCGAUUUAUGCUCAUUUUUCAUAAUGUUGACAUUUUUAUUUCUCUCCGCACUCGUGGCCGGAAGUAUGGCGGUUAUUCCGUGUCCGGAAAACGCAUGCGCGUUGAUGAAAUGCGCGGCGGUAGCAGACUGUGUCGGCCGCGUGAACGAAAAUGGCGGCUGGUGUGGCUGCUGCGACAUCUGCAUGACGCAGCUUGUUGAAGGUCAGGUGUGCAUGCAGACGUUCCUGCUCGGUGUGCCCGCCACUUCCGAAUGUGGAGAGGGGCUAGAAUGCUCCCGGGAGUCCGGCACUUGCGUGAAAACAGUAAUUCCGAAAACCGCUGACACAACGACAAUGGCGCCAUGCCUCCGACGGAAAGAGGAGAUCGAACGUGGUCGCCAGAACGGACUACCACUCAUUGGCGUCUCUGAGCCCGUCUGUGACGUCAACGGAAACUUCCACGCUGUGCAGUGCUUUGGUUCCGUGUGUACCUGCGUGGACCGUGAGGGACAGCAACUCCAGGACUUCAAGGCAGACAUAGGUUCCCUCGCAACCAUGAACUGCCAGUGCGCCCGUGACCUUGACGACUACAUGAAGAGCGGACUGGUCGGAAAGUUGUUCUACUGCGACGCAAAUGGCAACUAUAAGACAACCACUGCCGCCCCCAUGGAGGCCUCCACCGCCGCACCCGCCACAUCCGGCUCGCUGCUAGGCAGUAUCGUUAGCGGAAUGCAAGUCAUAAACGGCGCAUGCGCCAAGGAGUUAACGUCUGCCCAGUCGAGCGGCCUGCUGGGGACGUUCGUUCCGGAGUGUGACGCAGACGGCAUGUACACGCCCAGGCAGUGCCAGGGAUCCGAAUGUUAUUGCGUAAGAAAAGAUGGUACCAAGAUUGAAGGUUAUUCUGCACCUAUUUCCCAGAAGAUGCAUGUCACGUGUCAGUGUGCACGUGACAAGGACUCGUACGCGACUAUGGGCCUGAUGGGGCGUAUCCACACGUGCCGUUUAAACGGAAACUACCAGGUCUAUCAGUGCCUCGGCUCCAUGUGCCACUGCACAGACUCCGCCGGAAACAGGAUUGAGGGCAGCGCAUCCGUCGCCAUCGCUGAUAUCAACGAUCUCAAAUGCUAAGCUGUGUGGCUGAGUUAGUCUAGAGAGCCCUUGAUCAGGUGUGUAACAGCUGUCAUCAUGUCAUACAGGACUUCCUAUUUGGAGGAGUUGGCAGCCACAUUAUAGGACGUGUUUAUUAUUCAUAAAAAUAUAGAUCUGUUUUUAUAUUAAAAUUUCCAUA